AUCCAAGCAGUCAAAUUCAAACCACCAGUACUUCUACUGAGGAUUUAAAUCAACCACCUGAUACUAACGAAGAUGAAUUUGAUCAUCCAAUUAAUCUCUUCACGGCAGAAUGUUCUGUGUGA